AUUUGUCGGCGCAGGGCUCUGGUCGGUGGUUCAGAUUAUUGUUUAUACAAAUAAUUUCAAUUGGGAGUGAAUAUUAUUUUAUAUUAAUGUAUAGCAGAUUUUCCGGAUAGUCUCUGCAAUGAGUGGUAAUGUACAUGGUCUCAGUUGGUUUCCCAACAUUCCAGAUAAGUUCGUAACAUGGGGCCAAGACAUCAAUUUGUAUGAAGUGCGCAAUAAGGCCGAAGCAGAUGUUAAGCCUCGUUUGCCAAAUAUCCCGGCAAAUUUUGUUGCCAUUGAAAAUCGUUAUCAGUACGCCAGAUGUGUUCAACCAUCAUACCACAAGCAUCGCCCAAUUAUUGCCGUUGGCUUGGGAGAUGGAAAAAUUGGCAUUUCUAAUUUUCACGAAAUGGUCGAUAACAGUUGGGAGUACACUCCACGCCAGCAACGUAUGUGUUUAUGUUUGGCUUGGAAUGAGACAGACCCAAAUAUUUUGGCCAUUGGCCAUGAUCGCUACAAGUCUGAUUCUUGUAUAACUAUUUGGGACAUUGAAAGGGGUUUACCGAAGGAGAGUAGUUCAAAUUUCUUUGGACUCUCCGAAUCCGCCCAUUCAUUGUGUUGGAACAAAAAUCACCGUGUUCUUAUUGCUGGCAUGAAUCAGAAACAAAUCAAACUAUACGAUUUAAGACAAAACACAUCCACAUUGCAGACCAUACAAACGAAAACCGUUUACGGUUUGGGUGUUGCACCAAAUGGCAAUUAUCUUUCUAGUUUUUUUGAUUCCGUUAUAAUGCUAUGGGAUCUGCGUUCCCUCGAUCGACCAUUGAAACAAAUACAAUCUGCUAAAAAUCAUCUACAACUGAGUUGGUGUCCUACGCGAUCAAGUCUACUGUCAUCGUUACAACGUGAAUCUCCCUAUAUUACACUCUACGAUAUACGUUGCGUAGAUGUGGAAAACAGUCGGGAAGUGUACAGUGUCAAGAAGCAGUUGCUACCAUUUCAUAACAAAUAUCAUUCAUCACAUAAAGGUUACUCGCUUAAUGCACUCUCCUGGCAUAACAGUGACUUUGAAAGGGCGCUACUGCUGUCAGAAACUGGCAGUAUUACGGACUUUCGUUUACCCUUGUCUAUACUAACAGCCUACAGUAACCACAAAAAAUUGCCGCUUUUAUUGCAACGUCCAUUAUCGGCACCCAAUUCACCAGCUCACAGCAGUAGUCAAACAGCUAGUCAGUCGUCUAGUACUCCAGAAUUUGCCAGUAUCGGUUCUUCGCUAAACUUUCAUGUAUACGACCACAAUUUGCUUGAGGAGGAUUUAGUAGAUGAAACUCGGGAACGAGCUUUAAGUGAUUACGGUCUAAAGAUGGAUGGAAAACGCUUGAGUGGAGAAUUUCAUUUGUCACCAUAUUUGAAGAAUGUAUGGUUAAGUUUGGCAAACUUGUAUCGUACCGAGGAAAAAUUAAUUGGUUUAAAAACGAUUUUGGGUUUUGGUAUGGGUCACACUUCUCAAGCUUUUAUGAACAUUUCACGCAUUGAAACUCAUGUUCUGCAAUGGCCGGAAUUUAUAAAUAAUUCCAACAACUUGGUAUGCUACAGAAGUGACCAACGUGAUACGGCAUUGAAACUGUGUGGUUGGCCUAUUGAUCAGGAUUUAGAUCGUUUUGUAAGCAACUUGUGUGAAAAUAAGGAAUUUAGCCGUGCUGCCAUGAUUUAUGUCUUCCAUUUGAAAAUUCUAGCGGCUUGUGAUAUUUUAUCGAAAGCUGUUGAUCAAACACGUGAUCCCAGCAUGUUUCGUAUAGCUGCCAUUGCAUUGUCCAGUUUCAACGCGGAUCGUUCUAGUACCGCUUGGCGCAAUCAGCGCUCAACUGCCAACACUCAAAUACAGGAUCCUCAUUUAAGAGCCAUAUUUUCAUUUCUCAUAGCAGACAAUGAAAAUUUUGAUUCCGUCUUGAUAGAAGAGGGUGUUUCUUUGGCUGACCGCAUGGCAUUUGCUUGCAAAUAUCUUUCUGAAUCGAAACUUUCCGACUACAUCAAGUUGCAAAUCCAAAAAUCAGUUGAGAAAGGAGACUUAAAUGGUUUAUUGCUGACUGGGGAAUCACAAGAUGGCAUUAAUAUACUACAGUCUCAUAUGGAUUCUACUGGAGAUAUUCAGACUGUUGCUUUAAUUGCCAUAAACUAUUUCCAUCGUGAACUUUUUGACGAUACAUUCAUACAAUACUGGAUAUCGAGCUACAUGGACUGUCUUAACUCUUGGGGUUUUUGGGAGAAGCGUGCUGAAUUGGAAAUAAAAAUAGUAAACCUACGCUCAACUAGUCGUACAGCUCGCACUGUAUAUUUGUCAUGUAAUUUUUGCGGUAAAUCGGUAUCGAAUGCUUUACAAGAUGAUGCACGCAUUCGUAAUGUUUCCUCGAAUGUUAACAAACUUUCGUCAUGUCCCAGUUGUAGAAAACCACUGCCUCGUUGUUCUUUAUGUUUACUGCAUAUGGGUACUACUCUAAAUGCAGGUCUUUCAGGAGAAGGUGGUCUCGAGAGUAUUGGUUGGCAAUCAAAACCAUUUUCAAAAUGGUUUUCUUGGUGUCAAACAUGUCGUCAUGGUGGUCACACUGAGCAUUUAAUGCAAUGGUUUAAGCAAAAUUCUGAGUGUCCUGUUUCCUCUUGUUCAUGUCGAUGUUUCGAUAUGGAUGUUACUAAUCCUGAAGUUACACAUGAUCUUUCGUAGUUGAUGUGCUUUUUUAAGCAGCUUUAUAAUAUAUGGCCUAAUUUUUAAUUAAAGACUUUUUUUUAACAUAUAAGA